AUGGCUCUUCUUGGAUUUGUCUACCUGAUACCUCUAGUCGCUACGGGCCCGCUGCUGAACGACAUGUGGUUCCUGAAGGAACAACCCUGUGAUGUACACUGGUGGAGGAUCCCCACCAUGACCCACAAUUACAUGACCGAUCUGUCAAAUAUGUGCUUGCCGCAUUUCUGGUACGUUUCCGCGGACUUUCAACUGGCCAUCGUCACAACAGUAAUUCUCGUGGUGAUCGUGUCAAGGUUUCCGAAACUGGGUAUUGCCAUCAUGGUGGCGAUUGUUUUCUCAACCUCCCUCGCCCUGGGAUUAGUCACCCACUUCUACAACUACAUGCCUUUGUCUCUGGUCAUUUCAACAGAUAUUCGGUCGGUUAUUGAUACGAACAUCUACAUUUACGGCAAGGCCUUCACCUACGCUUCAGGGCUUUUCACUGCAAUCAUCUUCGGCUACCUGGCCGCUAAACCGCACCGGCUGUCCAUCAAGGCGCAGGCGUUCUGGUGGACGGUGGCGGUGGUGUUCGCCUGCUCGUCUCUCUUCGGCGCUUACUCCUGGAACCGGGGACGCGAACCCCAGCGCCUCGAGUCCGACGUCUACGCCGCCCUUCACAGGUUCGCCUGGGGCUUCGCCGUCUCCUGGGUCAUGUACGCAUGCGCGACGGGUCGCGGUGGGCCCGUCAACAAGAUCCUCUCCAACCCGAUCUUCUACCCGCUGGGACGGCUCUCGUUCGCCGUGUACCUCGUGCACGUCUUUGUCUUCGGAGUCAACGCCAUCCUUCGCCGGGAGCGGAGGUCUCACCAGCCCUUCCUCGAGGGACAAGAGCACAUAGGGGUAACAAUCACGGCUUACGCACUCGCCACCAUCCCCUACCUCUGCAUCGAGUGUCCAAUCGCCGUCCUCGAUAACCUGGUGUUCGGAUGGGCAAAAGAAGGCGAGCCCCAAGCUUCUGCUGAAACCACCAAGCAAAACAAAGCACACGAGAUGGAAGGAUUUCAAUGUGCUGCAGCCAGCAAAAGCUCCCAGCCCCACGGCGUUCACCGGACAAAUAGCAAGGACAAGAGUCCUACCCGAGGGGCAAAUCACGGUGACGGUCCAUACGACGGAGAAUACAAGAGCACGAAUGCGCACGAAAACGGUGCCCACGAAAGUGACAUUGACGUGAAAACUACGAACAAUGUUGAGUCUAGUGUAGUAGUACGGUUCUGA